AACUGACAUUCCUUUUUGAAUAUCAGGUGCCUUUUAAAUAUUCUUUAUGAUCCCACUCCAUCCGAUAUUCUUUUACUGUCUCUUGAUGCAGAAAAGGUUUUUGACCAGGUGGCGUGGGAUGAUCUAUUUUGUUGAACCUCUCCCUAAUUGGUAAGGGUCCAUACAAUGAAGAGGAACAUAUUGCCUAGGUUUCUCUGUUUCAAAAUCUCCCUGUGUUUCUGACCAAAUGUUUCUUAAGCUCCAUAUGAAGUCUUAUAUCAGGUUUAUGGAUUAACAAAACCCUGCGUGUAUGGAAAUAUAUCCAGCAGAGACCUCGUGCUUAUGGUGGUCUGGUACUCCCUCAUCUUCUUUAUUGGGCUGACAAUAUUAGAGCUCUGGUAUUGGAUGUAAGAUGUAAACACCUCUGAUUAAUGUCAUAAUAUCGUCUCUGCAGGAUCUCUAGCAAACAAAUGUGGUAUCCCUAAAUCUCAUUUUCAUACAUAUCUACAACUGCGGAGCUUUGUGGCCUCACACUGUUAUUGUUGUAGCUCUAACAUCCCCGUUAGAUUUAAUUUUCAAAAUUGGGACAGACUUCUAGCAGAUUAUCUUAACCUUCUCCACCAAUAUCAUUCUGUACCUUUAAUUCCACUUAAAACACAUGAGCACAUUUCAGAUGAAACCUGGGAGACAAUUAUUCAAAGAAUUUACACAUCUGUCGACGACAUGUUGUACAAUUUAAAAUAGUUCACUCAUUUUUGAAAGGUGAGAGUGUGUAGAAUUAGAGCACAUCUGGACUCCACUUCCAUCAAUCAAUCAAUUAACCAAUCUUUAUUGAUGUGUGUGUCUCUUUGCAGAUCUUUCCUCUCCUCCCAGGCAUGAAGCAGUGAUUAUUUUUAACAUGAACAAUCCCAUGAAGGUGUAACUGAUAGUAUAAAGAGGGGUGCUUGUGUGUGUGUGUGUGUGUGUGUGUGUGUGUGUGUGUGUGUGUGUGUGUAAGGGUGUAUACCUGAAGUGCUGAGAUGGGCUCGGUGGGAGCGGAGCGCCGCAGGCCCACACCGGUCCAGACGCCCGAGGAGAGGGAGGUGUGGAGGGAUGGAGGACGAGUUGGAUGGAGGGAUGCAGGGAGGGAGGGGAGAGAGAGUGGCGUGGUGCAGAGCUUCAGCUUUGACUCGUACCAGCUGGAGGAGGACGAGAUCAGUAAAAAUGCCCCAGAGAGAGGAGUGCUGGCUCUGUCUGAGCCCGACUUCGAGGAGCCAAUCCCUGAUGACCGUUACCAUGGUAUAUACUUUGCGAUGCUGUUAGCUGGAGUUGGCUUCCUGCUUCCCUACAACAGCUUCAUCACUGAUGUGGACUACCUGCACCACAAGUUUCAAGGGACGUCCAUCGUGUUCGACAUGAGCCUGACGUACAUCCUGGUGGCUCUGUUAGCUGUUAUUCUCAAUAACGUGCUGGUGGAGAGACUCAGCAUGCACACCAGGAUCACUGUGGGUUAUAUCUUUGCUCUGGGGCCUCUGGUUUUCGUCAGUGUGUUCGAUGUCUGGUUGGCAAAGUUCUCGACCAGAGAGGCUUACGUCAUCAACCUGGUGUCAGUGGGCGUGGUCGCCUUUGGAUGUACAGUGCAGCAGUCCAGUUUCUAUGGUUACAUGGGGAUGCUGCCCAAACGAUACACCCAGGGGGUGAUGACUGGAGAGAGUACAGCAGGUGUCAUCAUCUCUCUUUCUCGAAUCUUCACCAAGCUGCUGAUCUCUGAUGAGAGGAGAAACACGCUCAUCUUCUUCCUCAUCUCCAUCAGCAUGGAGAUGCUCUGCUUCCUGCUCCAUCUGCUGGUUCGCCGUUCACAAUUUGUCAGCUACUACACCAACCACACCCAAGGAAAAGGUCAUGACCCACUGGACAAUGGGACGGGAUACAGGGUUCACCACGAUGUCACCGCAGAGGAAGUUAGAUUUGGAAACGGGGGUACAGGCCCAAUCCCCACAGAGGAAGGCGUCGAGGACAUCACAGGUGGGACGUACGUUCGUUUUGAUGCCCCAAAAGCCCAGAUAAGGAAGAGCUGGCCCGGUGUCCGCGAUAUGAUCCUACAUCGCUACGUGGUGUCACGUGUGAUCUGGGCCUACAUGUUGUCCAUAGCGGUGACCUAUAGCAUCACUCUGUGCCUGUUUCCCGGCCUUGAGUCAGAGAUACGAAACCUCACGUUAGGGGAGUGGCUCCCCAUCCUCAUCAUGGCCACAUUCAACAUGUCCGACUUUGUUGGAAAGAUCCUGGCAGCGCUGCCAUACGAUUGGUCUGGAGGUCGCCUGCUCUUCUUCUCUUGCCUGCGGGUCAUCUUCAUCCCUCUGUUCGUCAUGUGUGUUUACCCGGUCAGCUCUCCCACCCUGUCCCACCCUGCCUGGCCCUGUCUCUUCUCCCUCCUCAUGGGAGUCACCAACGGGUACUUUGGAUCUGUUCCUAUGAUCCAGGCUGCUGGAAAAGUGCCGCCCGAACAGAGGGAGCUGGCAGGAAACACUAUGACAGUCUCCUACAUGACUGGCCUGAUGGUGGGCUCUGCUGUGGCGUAUGCAGCUUACAGCUUCAUCGCUCCAGGAUCAGAAACACACUUCCACACACUCGACCGUCAUUCACCUGCCAACACUAGUGGGUAUUGAAUGGUGCAGACUGAGAGACUCCAAUCAAGCUGCAGAGGAUGAGAAACUUUGGAUGUUAUCAGAUUUUAUCAUCCUCCUGCUGGUGAUGAACUUUUCUGCGAGGUGUAGAACAGCAGCUCAUCUGGCCAACCACACUUCAGAGAGUGUAAAAUGGCGUCUGCAUGCAUGGAAGCAUUUGGGCUGCCGUUUGUGUAAGGUCAAAGACUUUUUGGCAAAAGGAAAUUGGAAUCAGUCUUAGAUGGGUGAUGUUGGUUACAGAUUACAUCUUUUUCUCUUAUUAUAAUCUCCUGUGAUGAAACCUGUUAUAUCCUAAAGUGAUGACAGAAUUAUUUCAAAGGGAAUGUUAUUGAACUGACAUCAUAAAGAAGGUUAUUUAAAAGAAUAAUGUUAAUAAUUAAACCUUUGCUUAUGGAUACCUUUUCAAAAUCCAACGUUCAAAGUCCUUCAGGCAGCAAAAUGCAAAAGUCAGGUUUUAAAACUAUGACUUUGAAAAUACAUAUCAUUACACUUACAUACAAUGGUAUAAAAUAACAUUAGUCAAAGACGUGAAAUACAGAUGAAAGAAUAUAAAUCAAUAACUGUUAGGGUUAACCACUUGAGGAGAGUUUCUCCAAUAACUGUUUAAGAGAUCAAAGAUUGGAUAUUCGGACUGAUGUAAUGUAAACAAAUAUAAAAUGUAAAAGUCUGAGCCACGAUGAUUGUCUGCCAACUGAUCCACAAGCUAACAUAGAAGUGUUCACCCAAAGAUGGGAGAGUUUCGACUUGUAUUCUUCGAGGUUGAUAAGUCAAAACC